AAAAAUGUCAAAUGAAUUGUGCAAACUAUGCAAGGACAAUCCAGCGGUAGAGGAAGAUCUCGAGAAGCCCAAGUUUAAAUCGGCAAACCAACUGCUGCAAAGACUCUUCGAGUGCUACAAAGUUGAUAUCGCCAGCCUGGGAGAGGCUUCGUGCCUUUGCAGUCCCUGUUUUGAGGAGGUAUUACGUAUAAGCGAAUGCCUUGAGAAAUGGAAGAAAGCCCAGGAGGAGAUCCAGGAAAGAGCCCUCGAAAUAGACGACUCCAAGGCGUUUCAAGUGAAGUUGGAGGUUCCGUCCUCCGACGAUGAAAAGGAAUCACCUGAAGAAGAUGAGGAGGAAUCGCCUGGAAAAGAUGAGGAGGCAGGUGAGGACCACGAUAUGGAAGGGUCAGAGGAGGAAGACGAUGAUGAUCAAUCGGACCAAAACGAUGGUAUGGAAGUGGCAGAGGGGAACGAUUGGAAACCCGCUCGCGACGAUUUCUUCAGCGUGGGACUGGCCUCCGAUGGCUUGGCGAUUACCAAGUUCUUCAGGGACAGGACCAAGGCCACCCGUAUGCUGUGCACUUGCUGCGACCAGGUGCUCGAAAUCCUGGCCCACAUCCGGAUGCACAGUGGAAAAGCGCGUCCGAAUCCCUCCUACUAUUGCCGUGAAUGCGGCUCGGACUUUCCCACUCUUCGGGAGCUGCAGACUCAUAUCAAAACGAUGGGGCAUACGAAGAGCAAGUGUGGCGGAAGGGAUCUGGAAUUCCUUUGCCUAAAAUGUAAUCAGUUAUUCCCAAGAUACUUUGACGUCAUCCGCCACGAGAAUAACGAACACAGUGCGCCGGAGUGCGUCAAGUACCGGGGAUCUUACGAGCGACACAUGCAGGAACACAGCCCCGAAGCGGAAGGACCUCCACCGCAGGUCUACGAGUGCCGCCAUAAGGACUGCAAUCGAAGGUUCCGGAUGUGGGCGCGAUUUGAGUCGCAUCUCAUGUGGCACAGGGAUCGUAGUCACAUCUGCCCCUACGCGGGUUGUAAUACCCCAAUCCUGCCCGGCCAUUACAGGUCCCACAUGCGCUCGCACCUACAGCCUUGGCGACUCCAGCGGCAGGGUCAGUUUAUGACCGUGGAUCCCGCACAACGAGUGGAACCAGAUCGUCGAAAGGUGCCGUACCACAAACGACAGCACAUUGGCCGCCAAGUUCGCUCUUUCCCUGAGCUCGUCCAGCCGCUUCCUUCCAGCGGGGGACAGUUUAUCAGCCUGCCCAAAAAAAUGUCCUUGCAGAAGGGCAAGUACAUAAGUGUUGAUGAGACAAAAGCCCCAAAGUAACCAUUUAAGUUCUACGGACGUGUUAUGAAAUUAAUUUGAUUUUUAUAAUAAUAACAGAAUUGCAAUAAAACAAUUUCGAGUCUAAAAAAUCGUCAAAAA